UACAACGGCAAAUCAAAUACCAUCACAGAGUAUGGCGCAGCAAAACUUAGAUCCCAAAGAGACUCUGGGUUACCCUGGUUUGGCAAAGAUUAUGGGUGCUGGGACGGGCAUGUCGAUACAGCUCCGCUUCGCAGACCUUAAUGCCCGGGACCUACUGGUAUAUCAGGCGGAGAUACUCCAACUCGAACAACAACUUGAGGUCCAUGACCAAAAAGUNCCCUGGGCGAGGACCAACAUCCUCAAGCCGUUCGGUGAGAGGAGGACGGCAGUAGAAAAAGAACAAUGGAAGGUGCAGAUGAAAUUGCGGUCCAAACUAAAGGACUACAACGAAGCCCUUCUACGACAAGCAAAUCUACAAAAACUCGAGAAACCGAAUCACUACGACCUCAACAUAUUACGGUGUUGGCUUGAACACGAGAAGGGAGGCAACAACUUUCUGAACAGCCUGGAGGAUCUUCCGUGGACUGAAGAGCGAGAAUCAGACCUAGUAGCACUCUCCAAACGCAAACAAGAUCACUUUACCAAAUGGACAGCCGAAACGAUGAUUCCUUGGCUUCUGCAAAAAGGUGUAACAACAAAGACACCCUUACCAGGCCACGAAGAGUUAGGCCUUGUAGAGUGGUCAGAUGCCAGUUACACCACCGCCUCUCGCACCAUAUCCGUUGUGACAUCUUCCCUCAUCCCCUCCUUGGCGAUCGUCGUCCUCUACUUCAUACACUCUCUGCUGGUACGAAUAUUCGUGGCCAUGGGUUUGUCUUUCUUGUUCUCAAUUGCGCUUGCACUAUUGACUUCAGCAAGAGCAGCUGAGAUCUUUGCGAGUACCGCUGCG